AUCCCCAACCUGAGCAUCAGGCCCGCGAUGUCGCGGUCGAACUCGGCAGGGUCGAAGUCGCUCUUCCAGGGCAGCCAACCUGGCGUCGGCCGUUGGGCCAGGUCCGACAAGAAGCACCCCUCCAACAGGAGUGCUCAGGUUCCCGCCAUGUUCAAGGAUAGCCUCUUGGCCAGGAGAAUUUUCGAGAGGUCCCAGAGCAAGAACAUUGAGCACGUGCAGAAACGAAUCCAGUCCCUCCCGAUGGCGCUGCGCAACAGCCGGAGCAAGCGCAUCGACAAGAUCUACACGGUUCUGGACGACCCCGCGUCGAGCAAGGUGGCCUGGUGGACCGCCAAGGCCCUCCAGGCGGUCGUGCUCCUGAGCGUGCUGGUUACCUACCUGCAGAUCGUGGAGGACCCGGUGCUACACGGGUGGUCGGCUGCCGUCAUCGAAUCGGUGUUCGACUUCGUGUUCCUGGCGGAGGUCUGCGUGCGCUUCAGCUGCGCGCCGAACCGGGUCAACUUCUUCUUCAGCACCCACACGUGGAUCGACAUCGCGGCCGCGAGCGCGGUCGUCGUGAGGGUGGCGGCUGGCCUCGUGCUCCCGGUGAGCCUGGACGACAUGUGUACAAUCCUCCUGUUGGGCAUUGUGCCGAUCGUCCGGUUAUUGAAGAUCAUACGGCACUUUGAGACCUUCAACGUGCUCAUCCAGGCGGUCAGGAUAACGAUGGAGGCCCUUCCGAUGCUCCUGUACGCUGUCACCCUCAUCACGCUGAUCUUCGCCAACCUUAUCUACUUCAUGGAGCUGCGGGGAUCGGAGACAAAGGAUAGUGCCACCAGUCCGAGUGACAGCGAGGGAGCAGGCUUCACGGAGCAACAGCUAGCGACUCUGCUGAAGCUGAUAGGAGAGAGCAGCCGUCACCAGUUCCAGGAGUUGAAGGACGAGCUGCGGAACCUUUCGCAGCAGGGAGCGAGCACAGGACCUCCGGAGACCAAGACCGAGGCGGUCCACGAGACAGAGGGUGCGGGCCGGCACGCUCGCGACGACCCGUGGGCCCAGGAUGACCCGUGGGGCGGCCGGCAGGAGCCAGACGAGCAGCCAGCAGGGAAGUGGGAGCGAGGCACCUCGUGGGGAGGUACGCGCGAACCCUGGUGGCAGAGCUCGGACGGCAAGAGCCACGGCUACGACGGGAACGAGAAGGACGACGACGACGGGCAGUGGACAUGGAGAGGCCACGACUGGAGCUCCUCCAGCUGGUCAUGGCACGAGAAGUCCUGGUCCAAGCCAGAUUAUUCGGACCCGGACCCGUGGAUGGGGUGGACGGGCUUCCGCAUCUGGCGCCGCAAGAUCAAGCGCUGGCUCUCGUCCACAGACGUACCGAUUCAGAAAAGAUCCGACAAGUUGUUGAAGACGCUGGACUUAGAGCUCCAGCGCAAGAUGGAAGACAUCAGCGACGACGUCCUGAUGUCAAGUGUAGGCCCGGACAUGAUCGUGAAGCGGCUCGACACGAUGAGCGGCAAGAGAGUGGAUGAUGAGGAUCGCCGAGCAGCCCGAGAGUGCCUCUUCGGGUACCAGCGCAAAGCUGGAGAGACUUUGUCCAUGUAUGCCGCGCGCAUGGAACAGCAGUUCGAUUUAUUACGUGCCCAGGGACUUCCACUACCGGACAAGUGGAUGCACCUCUUCAUGGAGGAAGGGGUGAACCUGGACGACAGUGGCAAGCAGAUGCUGAGAGUGCUGACGCGCGGCUCGGGCAAGUACGAAGAUCUCCAGAACGCCAUCAGAGAGCUCGAUCUGUCCAAGACCGAGUCCCUGUCCGGAGCCGCCCGCGCUGCACGCACGUACCUCGGCGAGGACGAGGAAGGCUCCGGCACGUACCACGGAGAGCAGGAUGACGAAUCGGAGCUGUCAGUGGACACCGACAUGGAGAACGAGAUAUUGCUAUGCAUCGACUCGGCCGAUAUUGACGAAGACCAAGCACCUCUCGUUCUGGCAGAGCUCCAGCAGGUCACCAGGUGCAAGAAGUGCCGGAAGAAGGGGCACUGGUCCAGAGAGUGCCCGGAGAACAAGCAGUCCUCGACCAACGGCUUCGUGUUCCUGAACGAGCCGUCCGCCGACGCUUCGGGGCUCGUCCUGGCCACUCUCAGCGAGGUGGUCAAGCGCUGCGAGGAGGCCCUCCGCAGUCUCCCCAGCCAGGCGACGGCCCCGGACAUCUUCCUGACCACCGAGGGCGGCAAGAUCAUCGUGGACACCGCAGCGGCGCAAGGUGUCAUGCAGAUAGACCUCGUGAAUCAGGAGCUCCCGGUCUGGAUCGCGACGAAUCAGCCGAUCCCCGAAGGCAUCGCGAAGAGGGAGUUUCGCUGGGCAGCCCUAGCCAGUCGCUCGCUGAUGCGCGAGGAGACGCUCGGGGCCAAUCUUCUGACGAUGAGUGUCACGGGCCGCCUCUUCCCGCAGGACUGGCCCAGGAGAAUGCGCACUAUAGACUCGAGACAGUUGGAGUGCCGUCAUCCCCUCGACCAAGAGAUGCUGCUGGGCAACCGCCAUGCGAAGUGGCACAAGUGCGGCAGCUGCGCGCUGAGGCUGAGCUACGAGUCCACGCCCAUCCUGAAGGGGGAGUCCAAGGCGCCGCGGCAGUGUCCUCCGGUGACACGCCCGAGCGCUCGCAGAGCUCGCGGGACGGCGCAGGGCAUUCUCGAGUCCAGUAUGGCGUCCACGAAGCCGGAGGCCGGAGCACCUUUCACGCCGACGACGGUGAGAGGCUACCGCCCAGGGCCCCCGAUGAAGGAGUACGAGCACAUGGAGGUGGGCGCUCUUCCUCGGAGACGCGGUCGGGCGCCCAUGGAGCAGGCCGAGGAGGACAAUCUGAAGGCGCAGCAGGACAUGCUGAAGACCCAGGAGAAGAUCUUGGAGAUGCUCGGGCAGGUCCAGGGGCAGGUGGCGACCCAGGGAGCCGCUCUGGCGACCCAGCAGGAGGCCAUCCAGUGCCUCCAGGCCCACACCCAGAGCCAUGCGCUGGUCAUCGCGAACGCCACGACGGGGGCUUCGCAGGCUGCCGCGGCUGCUGCCAGCUCGGGUGUGACGGUGAACGGAUGGCAGGACGUCUCGCACCUUUCCCCAGCCGAGCAGAUCCAGUACGUCAAGACCUCGGCUCCCGACGGUCCGGUGACGCUCAAUCUACCCUUUCCCGGCGUGACGCGCCAGUGGGUGGAGAAGGGCGAGAUCUACUUCGAGACGGAUCCUGGGACGCUCUUCCUGAUCGGUCCGAACCUAGAGGCGGUGCCGGCGAAGCGCCUGAGCUAG